AUGCCUCCCUAUCCAGCAGUACGAAUCCCCGCCAAAGCGGCGCACACGGCCACGGUGAUCUUUCUGCACGGGCUGGGCGACUCGGGAGCCGGAUGGAUGUUUCUGGCCGAAGAGGCCCGCAAAGCGCAGCGACUCAACCACGUCAAGUUCAUCUUCCCUGAGGCGCCGCAGCAGCCCGUGUCGCUCAACUUCGGCAUGCGGAUGCCGUCGUGGUACGACAUCAAGGAAUUGGCCAACGUGAACGCGGCGCAGGACCAGGAGGGCAUUCUGGAGAGCGUCGGGCGGCUGGAGAGCCUUAUCAAGGAAGAGACGGACGCAGGCGUGCCGGCCAACCGAAUUGUGAUUGGAGGCUUUAGCCAGGGCUGCGCCGUGUCGCUGGCCACGGGGUGUCUGACCCAGACCAAGCUGGGCGGAAUUGUGGGGCUGUCGGGCUACGUGCCCAUCAAGGACUACAUUCUGAGCCAACACAACACCACCAACCAGGACACGCCCAUGUUUCUAGCCCACGGCACCGCCGACCAGGUGAUCCGCUUUGACUACGGCAAGCUCUCGAGAGACUUCAUCAUCAACGAGCUCAAGUUCAAGAACGUUGACUGGCACCAGUACGAGGGCCUCACCCAUUCGUGCGGCUUUGAGGAGAUUUCCGACAUUCUCAACUGGCUCGAGGAAAACAUCAAGGAGUAA